UGGGAACGUGCGGCCGGUCCCGGUCCCGGGGAAGCGCCGAGGGUUUGUGCGAGGGAUGCGAAAUGAGUUAAUUUUGCUUGGAAUGGUUCCUGGCGGGGAAGGAGCUGACGUGUGGAGACGCCGCCGGGGGAUGAGCCGCCGGCGGAGUCGGGAACGCUCCGCACAACCGGGCCAGGUCCGCGGCUGGGAUACACGGCGGGCACCGGCUGCAGCUCCCCCGGCUGCUCCCUGCGGAAUUCCAGCUUUUCCUGAACCCGUCUGCCCGCCGCUGUCGGGGAUGGCAGCGUAGGAUCCCCGCAGGAUGGGGGCCCCGCGCAGGGAACGGCCCCGCUGGCUGGGGACCCUCCUGGCCGCCUGCCUGGCCACCCUGCCGGGCAUCAGCGCCUGUCCCCGGCCCUGCGCCUGCCACGGCUCCGCCGAGCUCCACUGCACCUUCCGCUACUUCACUGCCGUCCCCCCGCGCAUCCCCCCGGACGCGCAGCGCAUCAACCUGGGCUACAACAGCCUGCGAAAGCUGAGCCCCACGGACUUUGCUGGCCUGGAGAAACUGGAGUUACUGAUGCUGCACAGCAAUGAGAUCAACAUGAUCCCUGAGAAGGUGUUCAGUGAUUUACGUUCACUGCAGGUCUUAAAAAUGAGUUACAACAAGGUCAGAGUGCUUCAGCAGGAUGUAUUUUAUGGCCUGAACAGCUUGGUACGGCUGCAUAUGGACCACAAUCAAAUCGAAUUUGUGAAUCCCAAUGUUUUCUAUGGACUCACUUCCUUGAGGUUGGUCCACCUGGAUGGAAAUUUACUUCAGCAGCUGCAUCCAGACACUUUUGUCACCUUGCGCUAUAGUCAAAUAUUCAAAAUAUCCUUCCUGAAGCACAUCUCUCUGUCUGACAAUGUGCUGACUUCACUUCCACAAGAAAUGUUUUCCUACAUGUCAGAGCUCGAGAGCAUUUACCUCCAUGGAAACCCCUGGUCCUGUGAUUGCAGCCUGCAGGGGUUUGCUGAGUGGGCACAGGAGAGGCCAGAUGUUAUAAAGUGCAGAAAAGAGAGAAGUUCUGGCGUCCAUCAAUGUCCAGUCUGUGCUAGUCCCAAAAAUCAUAAUGGGAAAAGUUUAGUGGAUCUUCCUUCUGCAUCUUUCACCUGCACUAAGCCAGUCAUCCAUGACUCCCUGAAAUCCAGAAACCUCACGGUGCCAGACGAUGGGGAUUUCAGUUUCGUGUCUCCCAAGGAUCUAAUAGCUCCGAUAGGAUCUGUGGUUUUGAAUAUGACUGACCAAGCAGGAAAUCGAGGCAACUUGGUUUGCAAUGUCCAGAAACCUAAAGAAAUGUCUCCCAUCUCAUUUGACAAAAAUGGCAACAGCACAGUCCUCAAAACCUCGUUCUCAGCAUUCCUGGUGUGUGGCAUCGAUUAUGGACACAUCCAGCAGCUGUGGAGCAUCCUGGCAUUGUACAGCAAUUCUCCCUUGAAACUGGAGCAAACUGGGCGGACAACUGACCUGCCUCUUAUUAGCUACAAAUAUAAGCAGAUCUACAGUGAGAAAGAUGAACUUUUCACCAGUAUUGAGGCUGACCUGCAAGCUGAGCCAGCCUGGCUGAUGCAGAGCAAAGUGUCCCUGCAGCUGGACAGGACAGCCACCACACUCAGCACGCUGCACAUCCGCUACUCCACCGACGCCCAGAUCAGUUUGCCCAGCGAUGACAAAAACCAGGUGAGAAAUAACUGGGCCAUCAUUUCCAGGGACAACAGCACCCAAACAGAGCACACUGUGCUAGUUGGGGGCACCGUGGAACUGGGGUGCCAGGCAGCUGGGGAGCCAGCUCCUGCCAUGGAGUGGAUAUUGGCUGAUGGCAGCAAAGUGCGAGCUCCCCAUAUCAGCGAGGAUGGGAGAAUCGUAGUCCUCAAAAGCGGGACGCUGACGCUGCGGACGGCUGACGUGUUUGACACGGGGCUCUAUCACUGCAUCAGCACCAACCGCAACGACGCCGACGCGCUCACGUUCCGGAUUACGGUGCUGGAUCCCCACGUGGAGCACAACGGAGUGAAUGGAGCCCAGCUGCCGACGGCUCUCGGCAGCACGCUCCACCUUCCCUGCACAUCCACGGCCGCUCCGGACGCUGCCGUUACCUGGGUGUCACCUGAGCACGCGAUUCUUCGUCAGUCUGUAGGAAACAAACAUAUUUUUGCCAAUGGCACCUUGAGAAUACAAGGGGUGACGGAGCGAGAUGUGGGCUACUUCCGAUGUGUUGCAGCCAACCAGUACGGUGUCGAUCUUCUGGUUUUCCAAGUGCUAAUGAGACAGGAUGAAACUGCUCUGAAGAAAAACCACGGAGCUGUGGGAGAGUGGGAAGAGGGCUCUGGCAAUGAACUGCUGCACUCUGCUGCAGCACAGAGACAUCCCUCAGCCACUCCAGCCACCCUGACAGCUCGUGGGCAAUCUGCUGCAUCAGCAGCCAGCAGCCAGGGCGCACAGAGCGCACGUCAGAGGAACAGCCACGGGAAAAUGCCUCACUGGCCCUACGGAGACAGAACAGGCAGGCGGUUCAGGGGACACAGGAGACAGUUUGUUUCCUCAGGCAGGAGAGUUGAUCCACAGCGCUGGGCAGCCUUGUUGGAGAAAACAAAGAGGAAUUUGACAGUGACAGACAAACAAGAAGUUGCAACAGAACCACCCAUUCAAGUCCAUAAGCUCUCAGAGGAACCUGAGGAUGAGGAGGAGGCAUCUGGUGAUCUCAUAUCUCCAGAAGAAGAAUUCAUGAUACCAGCAACAGAGAGACCCCCAGUAUCUGCUCUGGGCAGAGCAACAGAACUCGCAAUCACUGCAGGGCCCGAGCAGACCGCGAACCCCACUCCUGCCAGGAACACCUCCCUCCUGCUCACAGUGUCAUUAACUCCCCUACCCUCACCUCUUCCACACACUGUGGCACCGGGCAGCAAAAGGCCACAAACAUAUCCAAGCCCUACAGACUCAUGGGAAAGAUCUGAUUUGAGUCAAAUACCAGCAAAUGGUGUAAAACAAUCAAGUGUAUCAAGUGGAACAUCCACACUCUUCCCUGCUGGGCAAAACUCAAUAUAUUCUGGGGAAGUUAAUAACCAGCAUCUAAAAUCUGCAUCUGUGACACCCACGACAGAAGCUACAGGCACCAGCAAGGCUGUGACUCCCCAAAGCACAGCAGACAAGUUACAUAUUUUUACUGAGUCUAUUGAUAAGGUUUCCACCAAACCAGAUCCCCAGGUCCCUGUGGUGACAGUCAAUGCACCAAGCGCUGAAUUUGGCCCCAUUUAUUUUCAUAGUACUCAGAAAGGAGGAACCCCUAAGCCACCACUGGCCUCAACUUUCACCACUCGUCAGCAAAUUCGGGUGAUCCAGGACCUUCCAACUCAUCCACCCCAGCUCCAGCAGCACCAUGGAAGACGAAGGAAAAUUUCUGGUCGGAGACGAAUUGUUAGACCAGGACGUAUCCCAAGUAUGAAAGAGCACCGCUACAAUUUUGGGACACCAGGGUCUGCCCGAGGAAGUACAGCUGUGGCUACAGGUGUUCAACUGAAUACGAACUAUGUAUCAAAUGUACCAACCGUAAAUAACUUAAGCAGUUCCAUCAAUCCAUUUAGCCCAGAAGCACCCCCCUCCACCAUGAAUAUGCCAUUGGAGCGCCCCAUGGGAGCCCAUCAAAACACAGCAUUCCCCAGGGAAGAGGAAAACAAACGUAGUGCAAGGCAAAAAGCUGCUACCACAGGCACAUCUGUCACUGCAAAGGACACUGCCACUACUGCAACCAGCGGAUUGGGUGCAAUGGGUUUGAAGCCAACAGGUACACUCGUUACUACUCCUCAAACUGACACCAGACUCGCCAAAAGUAAAAUAUUCAGAGUGGGAGGAAGGAGAGGUCAGAGGAAGAAGAGGCCUCCUAAAGCACCUGCCCCACAGCGUGUGGCUACAGUUACAGCGCCAGCUGUGCCUCCAAGCCUCACACCCGCAAAACCUCUACCAGGGAGCGUCAGUGCAGUCUCCAUGGCCAAAACAUCAGCACUGUGGAUCCCUGGCACCCCCGAGGCACCGCAGCACAGGCCCACGGCAGCCACACAGACGUCAGCAAUGCUGGGCACCUGGAGGAACACCCAGACAGCAACAUCACUGCCUGGCAGUCUGACUGCUCAGAGCCCCAUCGUGGCACUCCAAACCACACCAGGCACACAGAGGAACACCCAGCUGGCCACAUCACCACCCACUAGUGCUGCCCAGACCCCCACCAUGGGUCUCCAAACCUCACCAUGGCUGGACGAGCCUCCUGGUGCCACAAGUGCCCGACCUGCUGCAGUCAGGGCCACAUCAGGGCCAGUACCUGCUCAGCACAUCAGAGCCACUGCCACGGCAGGAGAAAAAUCCUACCUGAAAAUGGGGGAGAAAAACCAGGCAGCACAGGCCACAUUCCCAGCAAGAACCGUGCCAAGCGCUCCCGCUGCAGUCACUGCUCCCAGCACUCGGCACCCCUCUCCUCUGCCAGCCCCGACCGCAGCCGUGCCACCUGCACCGAGCGCCAGAGCCUCCUCGCCUCCGCGGGGGGAUGCCGGACGCCAGCCCGAGCCACCUCCCAAAGGCACAGAGCGGGGGCCCACACUGCAGUCACCACAGAUCGCAUCUCCGUGGGGCAGGGACAAGGACAGCUCUGUCAGUGGCUGGUCUGAAAGAAGAGAUCAAGAAACUGCCACCAUCCCCAAUCUCAUCACCUUAGGUUCUGCAAGCAGAAACCAUUUUUCAAAGCCCAGAAUAGUCGGAGGGAAAUUGGCUGCUUUCACUCUGCUGGCGGAUUCCGAUGCCUUUAUUCCUUGUGAAGCUACUGGGAAUCCCCUUCCAAUAAUACAGUGGACAAAGAUAUCAUCAGGGCCCGAUGCUCCGGGACGCCGCGGUGCCGGCCGGUGGGUGGUGCUGGCCAACGGGACGCUGUCCAUCGCCCGGGCGCGGCCGGAGGACGGCGGGCAGUACCUGUGCACGGCGGCCAACGCGCACGGCGCGGCCCGGCUCCUGGUCACCCUGUCCGUGGUGGCCAGCCCGCCCCGCAUCGCCGGCGGCCGGCAGCGGCUGCUCACCGCGCACUCCGGGAACACCGUGGCAGUGGCGUGCAGGGCAGAGGGCAGGCCCCCUCCCACCAUCUCCUGGCUUCUGGCAAAUCAAACCCACCUCGUCCCCUCCUCCACGGGAAACGACAGAGCUCACGUGGAACCGGACGGCACUUUAGUGAUCCGGGCAGUCACUGUGUACGACAGGGGCCUCUACACGUGCCUGGCCAAAAACCCUGCGGGCACCGACACGCUGGCUGUGAAACUGCAGGUCGUUGCAGCCCCUCCCACCAUCCUGGAGGAGAAGAGACAGAGCGUGGCAGGAAUGAUGGGGGAAAGCCUGAAACUCCCUUGCACAGUGCAAGGGAACCCUCAGCCCAGCGUGCACUGGGUCCUCCCUGACGGCACGGUGGUGAAACCUCUGCAGUUGGUACACACGAGGCUGUUCCUGUUCCCCAACGGCACCUUCCACCUGGGCAGCAUCGCCCCUUCCGACAGCGGCAACUACGAGUGCAUAGCCACGAGCUCCACGGGCUCGGACAGGAGGGUGGUCAGCCUCGUGGUGGAGCGCAGAGAAGUACUUCCAAAAAUAGCCAUCGCCUCUCAAGAACUGACUCGGCUGAACUUUGGGGAGAGGUUGCUUCUGAACUGUACAGCAACUGGGGAGCCCAAGCCCAGGAUAAUCUGGAGGUUGCCCUCCAAGGCUGUUGUGGACCAGUGGCACAGAAUGGGAAGUCGGAUCCAUGUCUACCCCAAUGGAUCCCUGGCUAUUGAGGCAGUUACAGAAAAAGAUGCAGGUGACUAUCUGUGUGUCGCAAGAAACAGAAUUGGAGAUGAUCUGAUACUGAUGAAAGUCAGCAUCACAAUGAAACCAGCCAAGAUUGACCACAAACAGCAGUUCAAGAAACUGGUGCCAUAUGGGAAGGGUUUCAGAGUGGACUGCAAGGCCUCCGGGUCGCCCACACCGGAAAUAUCCUGGGGUCUGCCAGACGGGACGGUGGUGAACAACGCGAUGCUGGCGGAUGACAGUGGGCACAGGUCUCGCAGGUACGUCCUCUUCAACAAUGGGACUCUGUACCUCAACAAAGCUGGAGUGACAGAAGGAGGAGAUUACACGUGCUAUGCCCAGAACACUCUGGGGAGGGACGAGAUGAAGAUCCACGUCACGGUCAUCGUGGCAGCCCCUCAAAUAAAGCACAAUUACAAGACAUACAUUACAGUGACAGCUGGAGACACAGCACUGCUGGACUGUGAAGCUGCUGGAGAACCCAGGGCACAGAUAUUCUGGUUGCUGCCUUCCAGUGAGAUGAUCUCCUCGUCCACAGACAGGCACUCCCUGCACGCCAACGGCUCUCUCUCCAUCAGCCACGCCAGCCUGCUGGAUGCUGGGGAGUACAUGUGUGUGGCUCGGAAUCCUGGCGGGGAUGACACCAAACUGUACAAGCUGGACGUGGCUGCUAAACCCCCCAUCAUAAAUGGUUUAUACAGGAACAAAACGAUCAUGAAGGUGACGGCAGUGAGGCACUCGAAGAAACACAUCGACUGCCGGGCAGAAGGGACACCUCCUCCUCAGAUUAUGUGGAUCAUGCCCGAUAACAUUUUCCUAACAGCCCCAUAUUAUGGGAGCAGGAUUGUGGUGCACAAAAACGGGACACUUGAGAUUCGGAACAUCAGGCCCUCAGACACAGCGGAUUUUAUCUGUGUGGCACGUAACGACGGGGGAGAAACUGUGCUGGUGGUGCAGCUGGAAGUCACAGAAAUGCUGCGGCGACCAGUGUUCAAAAAUCCUUUCAACGAAAAAAUAAUAGUAAAACCUGGGAAAACUAUCACACUGAACUGUUCUGUGGAUGGAAACCCUCCCCCAGAUAUAAGCUGGAUGCUGCCCAACGGCACGUGGUUUUCCAGCAGCAUCAGGACAUCCCAGUUUUUCACAGGAAGCAAUGGGACCCUGACCAUCAACAAUCCUGAAAGACACCAAGCCGGGCGCUACCGCUGUGCUGCCCGGAACAAGGUUGGCUAUAUUGAAAAGCUCAUGGUCCUGGAGGUUGCCCAGAAGCCCAAUAUCCUCACCCGCCCUGCAGGGCUGGUGAAGGGUGUCAGUGGGGAGCCUUUGUCGCUUCACUGCCUGGCUGAGGGGAGCCCCAAGCCCAGGAUGGUGUGGACGCUGCCAGGGGGACGUGUGCUGGACCGGCCGCAGGUCAGCGGGAGGUACCUGCUGCUGGAGAAUGGCACCUUGGUCAUUGGGGCAGCCUCGGCCCACGACGCCGGGAAUUACGUGUGCAGGGCCCACAACGAUGCCGGGGACUCCUCCCUCAGCAUUCCUGUCACGGUCACAGCCUACGCCCCGCGGAUCGUGGGCAGACCCCCCCCAGCCAUCCACACCAUGCCAGGGGCAGCAGUCCAGCUCCACUGUGUAGUGCUGGGGAUACCAAAACCAGAAAUUACCUGGGAAUUACCUGACCGCUCCACACUCUCCACAGCUCGCCAGGGCUGGGGAUCUGGGGGCGAGCUGCUUCACCCCACGGGCACUCUGCUCCUGCAGAAUCCCCGACCCUCCAAUUCCGGCACGUACAAGUGCACAGCGAGGAACGCCCUUGGCACUGACACUGCAGUAACGUAUAUCCACGUCAUCUGAAGCCAGAAAUGCAGCAGGAAUGGUGGUGAACACGGGCUGCAGCUGGACUGAGGUCAUCCUUGCAAUGACUUUAAUCAAAGGCAGCCACAAGCAUGUGCGUGCCUGAACACGUCCACAGCAUUCAGGCUGCAGUGACUGGGCAAAAGGAGGGAGGAAGGGGAAAAUUAGCUCUAGCAUUAUUUGCUAGCAUUGGAUCUCUCCAUGUUCAGGGGAUUUAAAUGAAAGCAAAAUUAAGGCACUUUUGCUCUGCAAAGUAAUAGCAAAUAUUGACUGUCAAACAUGGUAAUUUUCUGGAAAUGUGCCCAGAGAGCUCUUGUAUGGACAGAGUUUUUCAUCAGUUCCAUACUGCCCACCUUGUAUGACUGUCGCAAGCAUGGAUCAGAGAGGGCAAGGACACCUGGGAGCUGACGAGCAGGUUUACUGGGAUGCAGAUUACCUUCUUACUGUGUUUUAAUAUUUAGUAUGUUUUUAAAAUAAAUACUCAAUGAUGUAACAAGUAGUGAAGUAUUUUUAAUAGCACAGCAGUGGUUGCCACAGUCUUUUCUGCAGAGCUGUGGGAUGACACAGAACAGCUCAGUUUGGAACAAGACAGGAAGCUCUGCUCAGUACUGUUAAGCCAAUGCAUACAGACUGGGUGUAGAACCAGUCCAGCCUGGCAUCGCUUUUUUAUUGUCACAAAAGCAUUUUUUAAAGAUUUCUCAAUAGAAAAAAAAUCACAUCAAUUUGAAUCUCAAUUUAGAAUUGUGAUUCCUCAGUUGAGCAGCCAGGUAGGUUCAAGAAGCAAAUUGAGUUAGUACAAAGCAGGAAAAAAGUAUUACCAGAGUAUUUUAAAUGCUCCAGCAUUUAAAGUUCCUCUUGCAAAAUGAGGGCAUUGAAAAAGAUUUGUAUAGAGUAACUCCUAAAUUACAUAAAAUAGUAAUAAAUUCAUUCUGCUUUUUCAACUCUCAACACACGCAAAAUGAUACCUGUUUGCAGAGGUUUGAAUAACCACGAUUUGUUUGUGGUGAUUUUGGUUGAUAGCUCGCCUGUUUUGCACUCAGCUGAUGAUGCAGUGCCUCACCCAGCCAAGGCCUCCCCCCAGGAUGGGGAAUACCUGCCGUGCCUCACUGGCAGCUGGCACAGGAAACAGGAGGCGAUGCCAUCCAAAGGGCAGCUGGCUCCAGGACAGCUGAAACUGCCGGAAGGACGUGGGGGCUCUUCCAUCCUCGUGCAUGAAAGCUAGGAUGAGAUCUGGCACUGAUGGCAUCGGGUGGGACAUGGGGUUCACCUGCUGUGAGGCUCUGCCAGCACUCAGAG